AUGUCAACGUUGCCAUCUCAUCGCCAGUUCCUCACAACCCUGCUGAACUCGAUUCCGGCCACAUCAUCAUCGGCUGCCUCCAGCCUCGAAUCUGGCGACGGGGCCAAACGUCUGCCCGUCAAUCGGCAAGAGUUGCUCCUCACGCUACACGUCCUGUUCCCGGGUCUUCUACUGCCAGCGCUCGACCUUCUUGAUCGCCAACUGGUGUCUGUGGUCAGCACACCACUGGGGGACGGGGCGGAAAGGAAGGCAUUCAUCGUCAAGUCUCUCGCUACAACGCUUGCGACCCGGCGCACCCGUGACGCACACUCCUCCACUGCAAAAAGCUACUUGGUCGACACGCACAUUUGGAACUGCUCUUGCGCGAGCUUUGCCUUCGACGCAUUCCCAGUCAGCAUAGACGACAGCGGUGGUGUAGAGCAGGCAGAGCUAGACUGGUCGUUUGGUGGCAUCAGCUUCGAUGGCCUCGCCGGGAGAGGGGAGGAUGUGCCCUGCUGCAAGCACUUGCUCGCCUGUGUCCUCGCCGAGAGGUGGGAGACUAUUCUCGGGGCCUACGUCGAACACAAGGAAACGUCAAAGGAACAGUUUGCGGGUAUCAUAGCAGGCGUAUAA